AAGUGUUUCACCAGCUUGCUGAACCUAGCCUGCGCCAUUUUUGCGCUGGCCGCCUUGGUUUUGUACGCGGCCGAUGCAGAAAACGCUUCCGUCCUGUGGAUGUGCCAACCAGGAUUUGAAAGACGAGGACAGCGACUGGAUGCUGACUGCGAAACGGUGGCUUUCCUGGCAGAGAGGCUCCUGACGUUCUCCGAUGCCACUCUGAUGGCGCUAGCCGUCGUUCUGCUCUACGUCAACCUCAAGCUGGCCACUGUAAUCGUCAAGGCUCCCGUCGCCAGGCAAGAGAUGACAGCUGGCCGAGAGCGAAGAACCAGCGGGAUGUCCCUGACAGUGGUGGGAGACAAAAGAGUUGCCAUGGUGACGGUGGCAUCAAAUCAGAUGAGCGCAUUGGGCUUGAUACAAAGUUGCUGCUGCUCGCCUUGCAGGGUGAUAAAGAGCGAGGCCAAAGUUGUUCUUGGGACCAUCCAGAUCCUGGUGGGAGUGGUCAACAUGGGCUUGGGUGCCGGCAGGACACGGACACGCCCCGGAGAUUUGGCCAGUGUGGGAGCCGCUUACUGGAUCGGGACCGUGUUCAUCACCGCAGGAGUUUUGUCGCUUUUGUCGGGUCAGUGCCCGUCCUGCUGCUUUGCUAGCUUGACAGUGACUGCCAACGUGUUGUGCGCCGUCCUGUCGGUGGUGGCCGUGGUUUUGUAUGCAUUGGAUCUGGCGGGGCUGUCCGUUGAUUUGUUCUGUGGCAGCAGCUCAUUGUACGGCGGCGGAUGUGAAGAUGUGGCCCUUUACGCAAUCCGGCUGACUCGAGGGAUGGACAUCAUGCUGCUGGUUUUGGCUGUUUUGGUGCUUUGUGUCAGCAUCAGCAUGAGUGUACUCGCCGUCGCUGCUGAGCCUCCGCAGCAACAAUGGGAAUCAGACCUUGAAUUUCUCCAUUCGGGGGUAAAGACGCUCCUCCUGGACCUGGACCAAAACAGUUCUGCUUUAAGUGGACCACACAACAAGGCGGGAGGAAUCCUCAGAAACAAAUAAUGGCGAUUGCUGAUUAUAGUCAUGUGCUUUCUUCACUGUAUAUUCCACACCUGAAUAUUUACUUUGUGGCUAACCACCUGAUUUUGGAUUUUUGUUGUUUUUAAAGGCAGAUCAUGACAAGAUUAAUAUCAACAUAUUUGUUCCUUUGUAGAAAAACAACUGUAUUGUCAAUAUUUUUCAAGAGAAAAAAUAUACUCAAGAAUUGAAAUCGAAUGUGAUUUUUCAAAAAUGUCAUAUUUCUAAAAGGAAAAAAAAGUAGUAUAAAUUCCAAGACUCUUGUUUGGUGGGGGGCGGAGGAGGUUGUAAUACUACAAGAUUCAAAUUGUAUUUUCUAAAAGAAAAAAAUUGAUAUAUAUGUAUAUUUUUUACGAAUAUGUAGUUUAAAGUAUUUUGUCGACUCCAAAGCUUAACAGCAGAUUUCUAGCUCAAUAGUGACACCAUGUUAGUGAUUUAACACAACUACCAAGAGAAAUCAUUUUGUGAAUAAAAAAACAAAUCCAAACUAGUGU